AAUGGAAUAAGGGGCUUUUGAAGCCCCUACAAUCAUUGACCUUAGCUGAGAACAGAUAGAGAAAAUGGGAAAAGGAAGCAUGACUAUCUCAAAGAAGAAGUAAGAAGUAAUGAAAAUGUCAGGAUGCAGCUCAAAAGAACAAUAGGGUAUUUUGAUGGGGUAAAUUUUAUUAUAGGCACCAUAGUAGGUGCAGGGAUCUUUGUGUCUCCCACAGGAGUGCUAAAAUACUCCUUACUUAAUGUGGGUGUUGCGCUAAGCAUCUGGACUGCUUGUGGAGUAAUAUCACUGAUGGGAGCCCUCUGUUAUGCAGAGCUGGGGACUGCCUUACCAUUAUCUGGAGGAGAAUACAGUCAUAUAAAAAGAGCGCUUGGAUCCCUACCUGCUUUCAUCUUUAUCUGGACGGCGACCUUUACCAAACCAGCAUCAAAUGCUACUCGAGCCUUGUUGUUUGCCGAAUAUGCUACCCAACCUUUCUAUGGUGUAUGCCCUGCACCAGAGCUGCUAAAGAAAUGCUUGGCUUUGACAGUUCUUUGGUCUCUGGGGAUUCUGAAUGGCCGAAGUCUCAAAAUGGCUCCUUGGGUUCAAGCUGUUUUCACAGUACUGAAGAUGAUGGCACUAUCUGUAAUUGGCAUAGGAGGCAUUGUCCUGCUGGUUAGAGGAAGAAAGGAGAAUUUAGGAAGGUUUGAGAAUGCAUUCAGCUCAGAGAUUCCUGAUGCCUCACAGAUUGCAGAAGCUUUUUUCCAGGGAUUAUAUGCAUAUGGCGGUUGGUGGUCCCUCAAUUACAUGGCAGAAGAGAUGAUAAAUCCUAAUAGAAAUAUCCCCUUGACUGUGAUGACUGCAAUUCCUGCAGUGACUUUGUUUUAUUUACUGGUAAACAUCUCGUACCUGACAGUUCUGACACCUAAGGAAAUUGUCUCCUCAGUUGCUGUGGCAGUCACUUGGGCUGACAGAGUGAUCCCCUCCGUUGCUUGGGUCAUUCCUCUCUCUGUUGCUGCCUCAAUAUUUGGUGCCCUCAACAGCAGCAUGUUUACAUUAGCACGAUUAAGUUAUGCUGGAAGUCAGUCGGGACACCUGCCUGUUUUAAUAUCCAUGCUUAAUGUCCACUAUUGGACUCCGGCACCGGCCAUGAUUUUUUCAACCAUCAUUGCAUCCAUUUUUAUUAUCCCUGCUGAUCUAAUUACUUUAACAAAUUACUUUGGAUUUUCUGUAUGGCUAAUGAUUGGACUGACUUGUGCCAGCCUGGUUAUACUCCGAUACCGGGAACCUAAUCUACAGCGACCAUACAAGGUGUUUUUACCAGUUGCAUUUGCGAUGGUGGCAGUUUCUUUGUUCUUAGUUUUGGCUCCUAUAAUCUGGUCUCCCAAGGUCCAGUAUAGCUAUGCCCUUCUCUUUAUGUUGGGGGGACUUCUGGUUUACCUGCCUUUUGUACAUUUUAAAUUACAUUUUAAUUUUGUUGAUAAAAUUACUUGUUACUUACAGCUACUGUUGGAAGUUUCUCCUGCUGAUGUAUCUUCUGAUGGUAAAUAUGAGUAAGAGCAAAUGUUUAAACCCUAUAUUGCUAGCAGCCAAUAGAAGUUCUUUUUUAACUCAAGUGGUUGCAGUCAUGGAGUUAAGCAUGUGCUUAAGACUCUGAUUCAGGAAAACACUGAGGACCCGAUUUUUAAAGGUAUUUGGGCAAUGCUGACUGACUGUCAAUGAGAUUUAGGUUCCUAAGUGCCUAAAUCCCUUUUGAAAAUACUUUUUAGGGUUCGUCUACAUGGUGCAUUAGUUCACACUAGAGGGAUGUAAAUUCUAGUGAGCAUUAGUGUGUUGUGCGCUAACUGGCCCGCGUGGACCUGCUAGCAUGCAUUAAAAGUUCCCUCGUGUUCGUUAACAUAGUCUCCGCAGAAAUGGCAUUUACAGCUCUCUGCUGUGGGUUAACUCACAGUCUAGUCGAGCCCUUAGACUCCUAAAUCAGGUUGGCGUAAUUUGCAAUGCUGAGUGCAGCAACACCUACCUGCCUUAAAAAUCAUGUACUUACACUGAAGACGGUGAAGAGUCCCAUGGGGAUUAAAAAUUAUCAUCUCAGGCAAUCUCAUUGGACUUCUCAUCGUCUUAAAGUUAAACAUGUGCCUAAAGGCUUUGCUAGAUUGGUGUCAGAGCAUUCAGCACCUGGCGUGAUAAAGCCCUUUAUGUAGAGAGAAUCUCUUUCAAAGUCGUAAAAUCUGUAAAAGCAGGAAAAAGUGUUUGUGUUUGCACACUGUAACAGUCGCAGAUAUAAACUAUACUAUUAACUGAAUACAUGUCAAUAUGAUCACAUCUACUUUAGGGAUCCAGUGUAGAGUAAAUUGAUGUUUUGAUUAUUUUUAAUAUUAAGUAGUUUGUAGUCUAGGGCUUCUGGAUUUGAAUACUUUGUAAUAUUUUUCAUCUGUGCUGGCUUGAAUUGAUUAAAAACUUU